AUGCUGGACGCACUCAUCAUCAAGGCGAUACGCGCCAUCCUGCCACUCGCAACCCCACUCAUCACACCCAAGCAGUCGCCCGCACCCAAACCCAACGUCACCACCUACAUCCCAUCCCCCUUCGUACCGGGCAAGAUCACACGCAAGGAGCAGCGACGUCGUCUCAAGACGGACAUCUACUGGCCAUCAGGCUCCCCCACCGAUACAUCGCUGCCCAUCGUCAUCAACUUCCACGGCUCCGGCUUCUGCUUCCACACGCACGGCGAUGAUUCGCGCUUCUGCUCCUAUGCUGCUCGUACGCUGCCCGCCAUUGUCAUCGACGUCGACUACUCGCAUGCACCCGAGAACCCGUGGCCCGCCGCCGUCGAGGAUGUCGAUUCGGCCAUCCAGUUCGCCAAGCAUUUCGCCCGAGAGAACCGCAGGCAGAGUCUACAGGGUGCCACUGGCCACAAGGAGUGGGACUGGGACGCGAAUCGUGUCGCCCUCGUCGGAUUCAGUUCGGGCGGCAACCUGGCGCUCAUCGGCUCGACACGCGCUGAGGUGCAUGGCGGCGUCCAGGCAGUCGUUGCCUUUUACCCUUCGACCAAUCUCGACGAGGAUCCGUACGCAAAACCGCAGUUGGGGCCCAUGAAGGGCGCAGCAGGAGGAAAGCUGCCCCCGUGGCUCCGCAAGAUUCUCUACCACUGCUACGUGCCCAUUGAGACGGUGAAGGAUCGUAAGCAGCCCUUGAUCUCGCCGUUGUACGCCGAUCCGGGUUCCUACCCGCUCAGCGUCACGAUCAUCACGGCAGAACAAGAUAGUUUGGCGAGGGAAGGCCGAAAGCUCGCAGACAAGCUCCUCAACACGUCCAAGUUCAAAGGCUCAAUCACCCACUGGGAGGCGCCCGGUCAAGGUCACAACUGGGAUAAGAUGACCAAAAAGGGUUCGGAACCGGCCAGGCUCAAGGACGAGGCGUACGCGUUGACGGUUCAACGCAUCAGGGAUGCCUUUGCAACCGCCAAUUAUGACGCACAGGACGAUGACGGGGAAGAGACGCUCGAUCACAACCACAAUCAGCAGAGUCGGACGACGAUCGGCAAAAGGCGGAGCGUUGGGAUAUCGGAUGGACACGGAGACGCUCGCUCGUUGAAUAGCUUCAAUACUGCAGCCAGUGUGGUCGGUCGCGACUCGCUGAGUAGACCAAUCAGGAGUCCCAGGAUGUAG